AUGUCUAUCUUCGGUUCUGUAUUCAAGAGUGGCCGGACCACACCUCAGAUCUUCAAUCAUCCCUUCACCGAAGGUGCUGAUCCACCUACACCUGUAACAGCCAGUCCCGGUAAAGCUGAACCCACCCUCCCAGCCCCUUCGUCAAAUCAUUACCAGAUCUCUCGCUCUCCCGCCAAACCUCGCAAUGAGAGCCCUCGUACUAAGAAGUCCGGUGAAACUCCAAGUCCUUCAACGAAAGCUCGCAGAGACUUUACUGCAACCACUCCCUCUUCUGCCGGUCAGACAUACUCGUCAUCAACAAAAUGGUGCAAAUCUGUAGCUUCAACUCCUAUCGCUACGUUACCGCCUUCUUUACCGCCUCCAGCAUAUGCGCUGCCUCCCACUCCUGAAGCUUCGCCGGAUCGUAGGGCUUCAGCUAUACACAAUGGUACCCAAGGUAUUGGUCACGCGAGGAAACCUUCUCUUGGACUGAAUUCCAAGACUGUACCGGCACCUCCUUCUUCCUAUACAUCUCCUAACACCCACAUCAGAACAGGCAGUGCACCCCUAUCCACCACCCAGUCGAGUCAAUCUCGCGCUAGAUCAGGCUCUGCCUCGAUAUCCAGUCGAACCAAUACAGCCAUGGGGGGCCUCUAUCCUUCACUGGCCAGUACGAGGAGCACACUCGAUGUGGGAUCAGAUUCUAGGUCGUUCGACAUUUUUGGUCAUGGAUCUCAUGAACCUAAACAUCGUCCAGUAGCUUUGAAACUCAAGACUAGUAACCUUGAUCCUCAGCUAGCCAGUUCUUCCCGGAUAAGAAUCAAGAUGAAACACUCUGUAGAAGCUACCAAAGAAUUCGAUGAGAAAAGUCACAAAAGCGGAAUCGAAAUUGAUGCUGUCAAAUCAAGUGGCCUAUUCAAUGUCCACCUUCAUCGUCCUGAUCGUCAUUCAGAUCAAUCACUUCAAGUGGAAUAUACACCAACACCCAUUCAAUCGUCAAGACCUUCUCCAGUUCGACAUCAAUCCGAAGAGACCAUUCGACCCUCCUCUCAUCCUCAUGAGCAAGAACAAAUCCGAGCUGAAAGACCACGUUCGUUCUCUACCAACGAUGUUAUGAACAUCACCGAAAUGAACAAAUUGAGAAGUAUCGACGAAACACCCCGUAAACAACGCUCUCAACCUACUUUCAAACCUCUUCGUUCACCUUCUUCACCAACACUAGGUCAUCGAAAUUGCGUCACACCUGGACUGUCUUCUGCCAUGUCCGACACGUCUGCCACUCCCGGAUCUACAUAUACCUCUCUGCCUACCACCACUUCGACACCGGGUGUCAAGCCAUUUGAUAACCUGCCUAUCCCAUGGUGUACUAAACCUUCUUCGGAACUUCUCGCUGAGAUCGGUGAGGAGCCUUACAACGUUCUCAUCGAACAUUCGCUUUCUGAUCAAAUGGUAUCGUCGCCUCGACUACUACAUCCAGUGAUAUUGGAGAAUUCGAAAUUCGAGGAAAUCAGGCUGAGAGCAGAAUUAUCAAGAUUGAAAGGAAAACAUUUCCUGUUAGUCAAUCAGCGUGAAAGUCUAACUAAGUAG